AUGAGCAAUUUGAAUGACAUUCUACUCCAGAUCAACGACUCGCUGGAGUCAACUAGCGAAUCUCUAGAGGUACUGAAAAGACAGUAUGAUCAGAAGUCUGCAGAUGGAACAGAAACGAGGAAUAAGGUGGUACGAGACUUGAUGGGCCAAAAAGAUGAAGUCGAGAAAGUCUCGCUACUAUCCUUAAAGAAUGGCAGUCUGCUAGGAUAUGUCAACAGUCUUAUGAUGGUGGUGGGUGAAAAGUUGAGUCGAGAGGAUAUGACCGCUACAAAGGGUAGAGUAAGCAGUGUGGAGCAUCGUGUUGCGCUUGAGCGAGGUGUACGUCCGUUAGAGAAACAAUUGUCAUACCAGCUUGAUAAACUAACACGCGCAUAUACUCGCAUGGAAUCAGAAUAUGUAGCGGCUGAGAAGCGCGCGCUUUUGAAGCAAGAGCAGAGAUCGUCGAAAGAUAGUGACGCAGAAAGCAAUGGAAGCGAUUCCGAGGACGAGGAAAUGUCCUUCAGGCCUAAUGCGGCUGGCCUAGUCAAAGAAAUAAAAAGCGAUACAAAAAGUGCAGCUGCAGAGGGUGAAACAGAAAAUAGAGAAGACAACGACGAAGAAAACGAAGAUUCUUCUCGUUCUACUUACAAACCACCUAAAAUUAGUGCCAUGUUACCUCCGCAGCAUCAUUUCGAUGAUAAAUUUGAUGCUCAACAGCACAAGGACCGCAGUGGCAAGUCUCGCAUGCAGGCAAUGGACGAAUACGUUCGUGAAAUGUCUGAGCAACCUGAAUGGGAAGCUUCAGUGGGUACAAACAUUGUCAAUCACGGUAAAGGCGGUAUCAAAUCGUCGCGGGACUCCCAAAAGGAGCAACGUGUAAAGGACUUCGAAGAAGAUAACUUUACCAGACUCAACCUCAAGGGCAACAAAGUCGAAAGACGCAAGACCAAACAGAGGGAAAGAGCCGCCAAGGUCAACAUGAUAGGCGGUGAAGAUUUCAGCAUCUUCAAUUCAAAGCGCAAGCUUGAAGAUAGCACUUCUCGACAAGCAUCUAAAAAGCCUCGCAGUGCGUGGGACAGGGCCAAGAAAAGACUAUAA